AUGUGACGUAAACUCUAAAUAUCAUUUCGGUGACGUAUGACGCUCAGGAAAAAAACAAACAUGGCGGACCCUGAAGCCGUAACUCCCGUGUAUUUCGCUAUAAGCAACAUUCCUGGAGCCUUCCACUCAUCACACUUGAGAAAUUAUUUCAGUCAGUUCAUAGAAAGUGGAGCUUUUCAUUGUUUCCAUUACAGACACCGACCAGAGGUCAUUAAGGAGUCCGAAGUGACCGACAGCACAGAGGGUGGAGACGAAAAGGAGGGCAGCUCAGACCCUCCGGAGACUGAGCAAGAAAGCGGACCUGAGAAGAAGCAGAAGACGGGGACUUGCUGCUGUGUUGUCUCAGUUCACGCUAAAGAUGCGGACAGAUUCGUCAAGAUGUACUCAGGGAAUCACUGGAUUGACUCAAAGGGGAACUGGCUGUCUAAACGUUGUGUUAUCAAAAGAGUCAAGGUUUCGGAAGACAAAGAUGACGGGUCAUUCCCCUACAAAACAAAGCAGGAGCAGCGGCACCGGGUGUCCUUAAAGGAGUGCUUCACUGAAGCUGAUCUCAAAAGCUUAUCAGAGCUAAACCCACCAUCUCUGAUGCAGAAUGGGAACGUGGGUACAACAAUCAAAGUGUUUCUCCAGCUCAUUCAGUCCUGCCGACUGCCGCCACGCCUCAUCCGGAAGUUGGGCCUCACUUUCCCAAAGACCAGCUCCAACCGGCGUUACGGAAAUGUGCCUUAUGAGUAUUGGGGCUCUCUGACCCUCCCGGCCACAGAAGAGACGGUUUUAACUGCUGGUGGACAUGAAAUAUCAGGACCUGGCAGAUUGUUUGCUCCAGUCUUAGGACAGAGGCAGAAACGGCACACUGACACAACAGAGAUAGAUGAGCCACGGAAAGAAGAAGAGGAGGAGGAGGAAGAGGAGGAGGAUGCUCAGUCAAAUGCAGAUGAUGACGAUGACCGCUGUGAGGAGUGGGAGCGACAUGAGGCUUUGCACGAAGACGUGACGAGCCAAGAGCGAUGCAAAGAGAGGCUGUUUGAAGAGGAGAUCGAGUUGAAGUGGGAGAAAGGCGGUUCAGGCCUGGUGUUCUACACUGAUGCUCAAUACUGGCAGGAAGAAGAAGGAGAUUUCGAUGAACAAACGGCAGAUGACUGGGACGUCGACAUGAGUGUUUACUAUGAUAAAGACGGGGGCGACAUGGAUGCCCGUGACUAUGUAAGAAUGCGAUAUGAAAAAAGGCUGAGAGAGGGUCUAGAAGAUCGAUCUGGAAGCAGUCAGUCUAUUGGCAGCUUUGAGAGGUUCACAAAGGGCUUUGGCCGUCGUUUGAUGGAGAAGCAGGGCUGGAAGGACGGCGAGGGGUUGGGACACAGUCAGAUCGGGAUUCCUGAUGCUCUUGAGAGCGAGGGCCAACAUCCCAAUUGUAAAAGAGGCUUUGGGUAUCAUGGAGUAAAACUGGCCACACAUAAUGUAAAAAAGGCCAAAAAGGAUUUCCAUAUAUCUACAGUGUAUGAUAAACCCAAAGACAUAGAUGAAGGCGACACAUUGCUGAGACGUCAACCUAACACAAGUAUGAAGUACAAAGGCUGGCAGCAAGGUGGCACUAUUGGUCCUCGAAGAUGACAAUGAUUAAAUAAUCAUUGUGAAGAAUUUGUACUGUAUUUUUAGGCUUGUAAUUAAAAAAUUCAAACCUUUUA